CUGGGCACCGGAAAGAGCUGAGGUAGGGCUGGUCAGCCGGGAGGCACCCUGAGUGGACCGAGUGAACCGCCAGCUGUCUAGCUGUCCGCCAGUUGUAGACCCAGCAAGUGCGACCUGCUGGGACAUGAGCAGGACAACAGGAGUAACAGAGGCCACCUCCCAGGAUUAUGAGGGCACAGCAGGAGCUGUGAGGGCGUGUGACAGAGGUCAGACGCUAGACACGGGACUUCGGACCUCACCCUUUCUUCCAUCCUGCCGUCUCGCCACAGCCGCUGCCGUGAGCGAUGCCUAGAGCCGUGGGGAACUGGGUGGUGACUCAGGGACAGGAAAGAGACAAACAGUCCUCAUUUUAAUGCUUGUCCACAACCUGGACCUGGUUUUUUAAGGUGAGCCUAGCCUAACCAGCAGUCGGUGUUUAUUGAUAUGUAGUAAGUCAAUGACCAAAUGAAUGAGUGAUGAAGGCCUUUCCCAGGGACUUUGGGAGUCAUGGAAACCUUUCCGGCAAAACCCUCCUGUGAGAGGAUGAAGACGUGUGUAUUACAGGAGGGAGGAAACAGUUGCCUACAGAUUUCUUUUUUUAGCCCAGCACCGAGGGGAUUCUAAGAGGGGACAGCCAGAGUUGGAGCACAGACGAAGGGCCACCAACUGGUGUCAUGUGAGGCUCUGGCCUGCUUUUGGCAGGAUCACCAAAACAGCAGAAGGGAGUCACUCUUCAGGCUCCGUUCAGAUGUCACCUCCUCCCGGAAGCCUUCCCGGAUAGCCGCCCGCCAGGUUGACAUGCCUACUCUGUGCUUCUCUCUACGGACCCCUUACCUAGAACAGUCUGCUCAUCGCGGUUCUCCCUUGAAGAGCGCCUGGCCUAAAUUCUUGAGGUUUGGGAACAGCACGGAAGCUCAGGGCGACGGGGCGGUCCGCCUGGGUGGUGGCUGGCUGGGUGGGUGGGGACGAAGACGGAACAAUGGAGAGCCGGCACAUGGUAGCAAUUGGCCUCUGUGCCUAGACCACCCGAGGAGCCGGGCCCCGUGGCCUCGGAGCAGGGAGCGUGAAGGGCGCCCGCUGUCGGUGCCGUCUGCGAACGGAUUUGGAACCGACGGGCGCAAGGCAGCCGGUGGCGGUAGGCGCCUGAAAGCUUCUGGCGGAAGGAAUCGGGCACAAAAAGCAGCGACCUCAAAACCCCAGCCACACAUCUGGACGUGUGCAGAGGGGAGCGGACGGGGGAUGCUGACGGUGACGUCUAAAUACCAGCCAGAAGGCCCAACGGGGAAGAAGAUCCCGCCCGCCCCCGCCCCCCCCUCCACGGCGCCUCCCACUUUAGAGAUGAAUAAAAUAGAGCCCCGGUUCUGCUGUUCCGGGGCGGAGCCGCCCCCCACCCCCACCCCCCAUCUCAGGACAGACUCUUGA